AUGGAGAACCGACGCAUGUCGCGCGAUUACGCGACAUCACAUGUCCUUGCGUGGACAACGACCCAGUCCGUCAUGGUUGAGCCGGCAUUAGAGGAAGACUUGGAGACUGAUGCGGAUGAACCCCCGGAUUCGACAAUGCUACCCAUGUCACCACGCUUUGAGCGCGCUCCCGUUCACAGGGGCAGCCAACACCAAGAGUCUAUGUUGACCAAGGCUCUUCACAGCGCCUCUGACUCUGAUCAUACCGAGUCUGAUUAUCAGCCACGCCGAUUGGGCAGGAGACGCUCUAUUACUAGCACUUUCAGCCUGGCUUCGACUGCCGACUACACCUGCGAUACCGGCAUUACUACCCCUCCUCGUACUACUUCACCGAGCCCACGUUUCACUGGCACCACCUUCCGACUCUCGUCCAAAGUUACCGAGGCGAAACCCAGCACUGCCCAGAUCCUCCGGCCAGCUGCUGCCGUGCAGGCGCCGGAGAAGAAGCGAUGCAUCUCUUUCGCUUGUGCGGCCAAGCCUAGAGUCAACGAUCAAGCCUUGACGCAACCCCCUCCCACGCCCACGCUAAUCAAGGAGGAAGUCAAGACUCAGGAAGCGCCCAAGAGACCGACCAUCAAGUUUGCUUGUGCUUCUCGUCCACAGAGAGAUCGGCCUUCGCCAACUCAGCCUACUCGUCCCGCUACACCACCUCCAGCACCGGUCACCUCGCCGCUCAAGGAAGCGUUUGAAUUCAACACCAGAUCCCAGUCUCGCAGAAGCUCCGUGGCUACCAUCUCGAAGAAAUAUCUGACUGCUGAGUCCGGAGAUUUGGAGAGCGAGCGCGCCCGCUUCCACGAAAGGAGCUCGCCAUUCGCAAGAUCGGAAAGGAAGCUGAGGAAGAAGCCGAGCUGGAGGAAGCACUCGAAUCGGGCGAAGCACUUCAAGACGAUGACGAGGAGGCGGACGGCGAUGAAGACGAGGGAAGACGAACAACGAGACGACAACGAGGAUGAGGACAACAUGGAUGACGAUGAGGACGAUAACGAGGAUGAGGAUGAAGACGAAGAUCUCAGCGAUGCCCACUCCGUCUCCGUCUGGGGUGACGAUGCGUCUGACGGUUAUAAGACCGACUCCGAGAUUGGGUUCGGCGAGUCUGACGAUGAGGAUGACGAUGACCUGGUUCUCUGGACUACUGGCGGUCUUGCCGAUCUUUCAUUGUCUGGUGCUACUCCCGUUGUGCGUCGGGGUUCCGUUGACGAGUCCUCUGACUCUUCCGCUGCCUCGGAUGGCAACAACGUUGCUCGCCGUGCUCUGAGGAGGCGCGACACGAUUAGGGCUCGUGACUUCCGCCCCGCUACCCCUGAUUUGCCUGACAGCACAGAUUUCGUCUGCGGCACCUUGGAUGAGGACCGUCCCUUGGAGGCGGCCUAUUUGGAGCGCCUGGCUGCCCGCAAGCAGAACAAGCUCGUCUUCAUCCCCCAGGACAUCGAUCCCAGCUUCCCCACCUCGGAGCCCGAGGAUGAAGGAGAGGAGUUGUACAACAAGAGCAUGCAUGGACACGACGAUAGCGAGGACGAUAUGUGGCAGUUGGAGGAUCUACACUCAGAGCGUGGCCGCAUUGGUCGUGCGAAGAAGACUCAGAACUCACCUCGGCGAUGCCGCUCACCUCCUCCCAAAAGGCGUCUCUCUCCCUGCCCCAAGCCUCGCGGCCGCAAUGAUCGCAAGUUGUUCGACCGCUCUUCUCCCCGCAGGAUGAGGUCACCUGCUCCUCCCAUUCCGUCUGCAAAGUCUCCCCAUGCUUCUCCUGCUAUGGGAGCCGAUGGCGUUGCGUUCAAAUCACUCGCAUUCAGACCGGGCUUGGCCUUCACCAAGUCACUGCCCAAGGGACCAGUCAUGUUCCCUCACGUCAACAAACAACAGCCUCGCAGAUCCCGUGCUGGCACCAUCAACCAAGAUACCCACAUUCGUGGUGCCAUUGACAUUGUCAAGGGCUUGGAGGAGAAGCGCCAGAGGCGCAAGGAGAAAUAUUACCAAAAGUAUUGCAGCCGGGCCCGCAAGGAGAAGGCUCAGCCCAAGAGACCUCCUCCUGGACAGGGUGCCGAGCGCAUGCGUGAAGUUGGCCUGAUUAUGGCUGGCAAGAUCGGCCAGGCCAACUAUGUUCUUUCUUAUUAA